CCCGAAGUAUUGUUUAUCUUGUGAGAAACAUGUCAACUGCUCCCGACGAAAUGGAAAAGUUCGCUGCGAAAGCUGCACUGCGCAAUAGCAUAAAAAUUGCUUUGAAGCAACUAAAAUGCCAAGACAGAAGUUCGCAAUCCCUUGAAGUUACAAAGAAGCUGUUAGUUCACCCCAAGUAUUUAUCAAGCAAAGGGGUAGCUGUCUUUCUAAGCAUGAAGGACGAGGUCGAUACAGAAGGGAUUGUUAGGAACAUUUUCGAUAGUGGUAAACACUGCUACAUUCCCAGGUAUAGAGAAACAGAUGGAUACAUGACAAUGAUAAGAAUGAAUUCCUACGAUGAAUUGGAAAACUUACCAAGGACUCGAUGGAACAUACCACAGCCACUGGAAGAAGACCGAAGGGAAGAUGUUUUUCAAUCAGGUGAUCUUGACCUGAUACUUACACCAGGUUUGGCUUUCACAAAGCAAGGUCAUAGAUUGGGUCGUGGCAAGGGAUUUUAUGACAAGUUUGUAACAGCCUAUAAGUGUUUGCAUAAGCCUCCCUAUUUAAUUGGUUUGGCUUUGUCUCAUUCCAUUGUGGAUCAUAUCCCCUGUACAUCGACUGAUGUUCAAAUGGAUGAAGUACUUUAUGAUUAUCAUAAAACAAGGGAAUGAGUUGGCAAACCAAA